UUCAGAGCACUCCACUUGUGUUUCGUGGGUGGCAUCGAUCGAGAGAGAGAGAGAGACGCCAUGAGCUACCCGCCGCCGGGCACCGCGUACCCUCCGCCGGGCCAGCAGCAGCCGUACCCGCCGCCGGGCAACGGUUACGGCUACCCUCCUCCGGGCCAGGAGCAGCAGCAGCAGGCCUACCCUCCGCCGGCGUACGGCGCGCCGCCGCCUGUCGCCGCCGACUACUACCAGCCCAAGGACGGCGGCGCGUACCCGCAGCAGCAGCAGCAGGCGUACGGCGCGCCGCCGCCCGUCGCCGCCAACUACUACCCGCCGCCGCAGCAGCAGCAGGCCCCGCCGCCGCCGCCGGAGGCGCAGAGCCGCGGCAGUGACGGCUUCUGGAAAGGAUGCUGCGCCGCAAUCUGCUGCUGCUGCCUGCUCGACAUGUGCCUCUGAUCGAUCACACAUACAGCCGCUCGGCAUCAUCGUCGUUUCACAUCUUGGAUUUGGCUUAAUUCUGUAUCACCAUGUCGCUCAGUCACCAGUAGUCGAUUUGCUUUGUUGCUUCUUUAUAUUGGAUAUGUGCGAGUUAUUUUCAGCAUUCGGUAUAUUUUUCUGUUGAGUCUUUGCCAUUGCGAUCAGAGAGGAAACAAAAAAUUGCUGUUCCUCGGAUGUCACAAAGCAACCUACGGCAAUGCCAAGGGUGCCAAAUGUCAGACACCUCUCUUGUUUGUCCAUAGGUAGAAACGGCAAACAUAAUAAAGACGUGCUAUCUUGGAAAUAUUCGAUAUUUACAGCUUAAGCAAUGCCGUGAGCUGUACUAUAAAAGCACUACCUGACAUAAUAACUAAACUAAUACGGAAAAGCUAAUUAAAUCGGUAGCGACACAGGA